GGAACUCGGGACCGUUGACAGGCCAGUCGUCCGCAAGCCAUGUCUGAGAGAUCUGGCAAGGACGACGCCAUAAGACUCGUCAAUGACGACUCGUACGUAGUACAGGUAUCUACGGAAAAAAUGUGAAUUGAAGCAACAGUAUAAUGGAUAUUGAAGUUUCGGAAGGGGAGGAGGGUGAUCUGCGAUCUGCCACUGCACUCAACAGAGUCACCAAACAGAUACAAAUAGCUUGCCUCAGCGCUCAUUUGUAAACGCCUUAUUGAAGUUACAACUUCGAUCUUCACCGCUUCCCCACAAAACUCUUUCAAAAUGUCACGACCACAGGACGAUAGGAACCAGGAGGCAACGGUAUAUCUGGGAAACCUCGACGAACGGUGUUCAGAUGCACUCAUUUGGGAGCUCAUGUUGCAAGCGGGUCCAGUUGUUAAUGUCCAUCUACCCAAGGAUCGGAUUUCCAUGGCACACCAGGGUUAUGGUUUCUGCGAAUUUCUGACGGAAGAGGAUGCGGAAUAUGCCUGUAAGAUCAUGAAUCAAAUUAAACUCUGGGGAAAGCCCAUAAGAGUUAACAAGGCAUCAUCGGACAAGAAGCAACUAGACGUAGGGGCGAACCUGUUCAUUGGUAAUCUCGACGAGAACGUCGAUGAACGUUUACUAUAUGACACGUUCAGCGCAUUCGGCGUGAUGGCCACCACAGCCAAGAUCGCCCGUGACCCCCAAACCGGCGUCUCAAAAGGUUACGGCUUUGUCUCCUACACGGACUUUGAGUCCUCAGACGCAGCCAUCGAAUCGAUGAAUGGACAAUUCCUGAUGAACAAACCAAUCACCGUACAAUAUGCGUUCAAAAAAGAAGGCAAGGGUGAACGGCAUGGUACCCCGGCCGAACGUCUUCUCGCCGCUCAAGCACGCAAAAAUAACGCCCUCCCGGUUUCCGCACGACCUCCGCCUGCGCCGAUUGCGUUUGGUGCUCGACCACCUAUGCCUGGCUUCCAGGGUCCUUACCAGGGUCAAUUCGCUGGUGCCCUCGCUCAACCUCCCCCUCCACCUGGAUUCACUCCUCAGCAGACUAUCGUGCCGCAAGGUAUGCAGAUGGGUGGCAUGCCGCCGGGUAUGCAGAUGGGUAUGCCACCUCCGCCACCUAAUAUGCCUGUGUACAACCCUGCGGCGGGUUACCCUCCACCUCCACCGCCUGGGUUUGCACCGCAAGGAGGUAUGCCUGGUGCACCUGGUAUGAUGCCUCCGAUGAUGCCCCCACCUCCGCCUGGCGCUCCUCAGCAACAGUACAUGAUGCAGCAGUAGGCGUUGGUGAUAUUCCUUUAGUGUAUUUAACUCUUUGUACGUUGUGAUAGUGAUCUUAUUGCUCAUUAUUAUUGUUCUCACCUGGU